GACCAAUGGGAGGGCGCCGGGGAGGGAGUGAGGGAUAGCCGUCCCCGGUGCAGGAAGACGCAGUGAGCAGUACGGAGAAGUGAAGCGGACGCGAUGGCCGACGUGAAGUACUACACCCUAGACGAGAUCCAGAAACACAACAACAGCAAGAGCACCUGGAUCAUCAUCCACCACAAGGUGUACGAUGUCACCAAGUUCCUGGAGGAGCAUCCUGGUGGGGAAGAAGUUCUCCGAGAACAAGCUGGAGGGGAUGCAACAGAGACAUUUGAAGACAUCGGCCACUCUACAGAUGCCAGAAACAUGUCAAAAGAUUUUAUAAUAGGAGAACUUCAUCCAGAUGAUCGAUCAAAAAUCCAGAAACCAACGGAAACCUUUAUUACCACAACGGAGUCUGAUUCAAGUUGGUUGAGUAACUGGAUCAUCCCAGCAAUAUCAGCUAUAAUUGUCGCUCUGAUGUAUCGUUUCUAUAUGGCAGAAGAGUAGACGCCAUCCACAGGAUUUCUCAAACCGAUUCCUAUCCAGACCUCGAAGUGUAUAGGAAGAGCUCUAUCAAUCAACACUGGCUGGGCAGGGAGAAGCUCCCAGGAACUGCCCUGCUUCCUUGCAGCCCUUUUCAUAGCCAAUUUUUUAAUAUAUGCGUUUUCACAAUUAAUUCUACACCAUCAUAAGUUGUAUUCUUGAUUUUUGUAAUUUAAGUUUUUAUGUGCCAUUGCUAAAAAGUGCUGAAUAAAAUUGUGAAAAGGUCCAUUUAAUCAAAAAAUUUAAGAACUUGUCCUUAAGUUUACAAAGUACCAUGCAGAUUGUACCCAUGGAGGAAUAUGAAGAGAAAAGGGCAAGUACUUAAAUUGGACUUAAUAAAGCAAAAAUGUUUUUAAACUGUUUUGUCUUCUCUUGAUGAUCACAUUUAGGCUUAGUUCACACUUGCCUAGUUUCAUGUGCAACACAGCUAUGCUGUCAAGUUUCUGAUGUCAUUUUAGUGUUUUUCAUUUUUUUUUAUUUUAUUGUUUUUAAACUUAUCUGGGUCCCACCGGGGGAAUUUUUUUUUUUUUCCAAAUCAACUGUUGCCAGAAAAAUAUACAGAUCUCUGCUCUGGCCGGCCAGUGAUGUGAAUAGAAGUUCACAUCACUCAUUCAUAUUUUCUCAUAUUCCCCAGAGCCAGAGUGGGGAUUGGUCGGAUAUUGGCAGCUAAUCCCCGCUCUCAGCGGAAAAUAUGAGUGAGUGAGUGAGUGAGUGGCUGGCUGGAGUACAGAGCAGAGUUGUGAGUGCAAGAGAAAGCCGCUUCGCAUCUCAGGAAUGAAGGAUGAUCGCAGUGGGUGUUAGGAGUGACACCUAUGGUGAUCUGUCAUUAACUGCAGGUACUAAUGCUCCCAACAUGGAGCACAUUCUCCUGCCCGCCUGCAUCUAUACAUUAUACAGGAGGAUCGCAACAGGUGUCAGUGUGUUACAUGCUGGGAGUAGUAGUACUACCUAAAAAAAAAAAAUGUAAAAAUUAAAGAAAAAAAAAAGUUAAAAACACACACUACAUUUGUAUUAUUGUCUGCUUCAUUUUUAGUCCCCUGUCUGCACACGUAAAUUGAUCCCUGUUUAAAAAUUAAUAAAAAUGUUAAAUACUA